UGUUACUCAGUUUUCUUCAAUAUUGUCGUACAGCAACCACGUAAUUUUAAAUAUCAUAGCAUUAUUUCAUGUUCAUCCAAAAUUUGAUUCGUAUAUCAAUUUAGAUUUCAUUUGAAUAAAUUAACAAAUUGUCUAUUAUAUACAGUAUAUAAAAGCAUUUAACUACAAUGGCACAGCUGAUUUUGAGAGAAUGUCGGAGAGGCAUUGCUCUCCUUCCAGCCAAUAUCAGCUGCCUUACCUGGAUCGUUCCAGUUGAAGGUGUGAGGUUAAGGUUAGAAGUAUUAACUAGCAGAAAAAUGUCAAAAUUUACUUGUGUUCAACCAGCUCCUCCAAUUGAGGUAUUUGCCUUGAAUAAAAGCUGCUUAGAAGAUACUAAUCCUAACAAAGUCAAUCUAGGAGUUGGAGCCUACCGCACAGAUGAGGGCAAACCAUGGGUUUUACCGGUGGUGCGCAAGAUGGAGGCUAAGCUGGCAGCUGAUGACACGCUCAACAAGGAGUACCUGCCAGUGUUGGGCCUGGAAGCUGCAGCGACGGCAGCCACCACAAUGUUACUGGGGGCAGACAGCAAACCUCUAGUGGAGGGCAGGGCUUUUGGUGUACAAACACUGAGUGGUACUGGUGCAUUGAGAGUUGCAGCAGAGUUCCUGGCCCGCCAUCUCAAAUACUCGGUCUUCUAUUACUCACGGCCCUCAUGGGAGAACCAUGGGCUCGUGUUCUACAACGGAGGUUUCACGGAUGGCAGGGAUUAUCGCUAUUGGGACGAGAAGAACCGUACAAUUGACUGGGCCGGGAUGAAGGAGGAUCUUCAGAAUGCUCCAGAAAACUCAGUGAUAAUCCUGCAUGCUUGCGCACACAACCCCACUGGGUGUGACCCAACAGAGGAGCAAUGGGCAGCUAUUGCAGAUAUCGUUCAGGAACGCAAACUAUUCCCUCUGUUUGAUUCAGCCUACCAAGGUUUUGCAUCAGGAGAUUUGGAGAAGGAUUCCUAUGCUGUGCGCUACUUUGUGUCUCGUGGCUUUGAGCUUUUGUGCUGUCAAUCAUUUGCCAAGAAUUUUGGACUCUACAAUGAAAGAAUAGGUAAUUUAACAUUUGUUGUACAUGACCAGAAGGUAGUGGCUCCAAUGAAAUCUCAGGUGACUCUGAUUGUGCGGGGGAUGUACUCCAACCCUCCAAGUCAUGGGGCUAGAAUAGUGGCCGGUGUCCUCAAUGAUCCAGAACUCUUUGAAGAAUGGAAAGGUUGUAUCAAGACUAUGUCUGGUCGAAUUCUGGAAAUGAGGCAAGCUCUGAGGGAUAGGCUGGAAAAACUUGGAACUCCUGGCACUUGGGAACACAUCACCAGACAGAUUGGAAUGUUCUCUUAUACUGGACUCAACCAGAGGCAAGUAGAACAUCUGGUGAAUCAUUACCACAUCUACCUCCUCAAGUCUGGCCGUAUCAACAUGUGUGGGUUGACCACCAAGAAUAUUGACUAUGUGGCUCAGUCUAUCCAUGAGACCGUUCUCCAGUUUCCCCAGUAACUAGUUGAAGGAAGCAAUAGAGUGUAAAAUAAAAUAGAAAAUACUGUUUGAAGUUUGAGGAUAAAUUUAAUACAUUUCAUUUAAUUUAAAAUUUGUUAAGAAAUUAUAAUAGUGUCGUAUUUAUAUAGCCCUGGUUUUUUUGUAGGUAUUUAUUCUCUUUUAUGUACUUUACAUUAUUAUAUAAACCAAACACACACACACACACACACACACACACGUGUGUGUGUGUGGUUUCCUUAAAAUGAUAAUAAAUGUUACAUUUAAUAAUUUAUGUUAUAUUUAUUAGGCAAUCUAUAAUAUGUUUACAUUAUUGAAAAUUGUGAUAGAUUUUAAAAAUAAUUUGGUUGUGAUUGUUUCAUAUUUUGUGAGAACAUAUCAAUAGUUGCACGGUGGCUGAGUAUUUGACAGUAUUGACUUGAGUUAUAUCUAAAGGCCUGAUUCUCUAUCAGCCAAUGUACAGCAGCGGAGCAGGUGGCAUAAAAAGCAUAAAAUUUUGUGGGAAAAUAAAAUACAUUACAAAACUUCCCUAUUAGGCUAUUUUUGUUUUCCACAUUUCAGAGCGUAAUAUAAAUAGUUUUGUUGGGCUGGUUUCUCUACUCCUUAUCUGCUAACCAUAACAGCUUUAACCAUUAUAGUGAGGGUCAAUGUCUCUGAACAAUUUGUUCUUUUGUACAACAAUCUUUACUUCAUUCUCAGACCUGUAGUUGUAAUAACAUCAUAAUUUUGUAAAAGGAGCCUUCAACCUCAGCUAAGUGCUGAGUGUGUUCACAGGUAAAUCAGUAUGUUGAAACCCCUUUACAACAAAGAUUCGUGCGAACCUGACAAAGACUUGAGUUGAUGCCAUUUUGUUAGGUCUCAGCUCCACUGUGCAAUGAUCAGUGUUACAAGGAUUAAAUUUUAGCUGACAAAAAUUUUCAUAUUUUCUAAAUUUAUCUAAGUUUAGGUAUAAUUAAUUGUUGUAUUAUUUAAAUAAAAGUAUUAAAAAGUAUUAUUUUUAAUCAAAGGUGAGAAAAAGUUCUUCAAAUAUAUCUUAAGGCAUCAGAAAUCUGGUGAAAUGUUAAUGAUUAAUUUGAUCCUAAAGUCUGUCUAAUUCCAGCAGAUGAUACAGGGUAAAAACACUGGAAAUUCAGUUUUAUUUUGAAUAAGUAAUGAAGAUAAAGGCAAGAUUGAGUUGGCAAGAAGUGCAAUAAUAAUUUUGUGUUUUAUUUAUUAAUUUAGCAUAGACAAUAGCACCAAUAAAUUAAAAUGCUGUCUAAUAGAAGAAGGAGGAUUGCAAAAAACAUUUCAGUCAAACCCUUAAAAAGAUAAUAAACAGAUAUUUAAAAAUGAGGAACUUAUGAUUAAUAAUAACCAUUAAAUCUAGAAGAUUGCAAAUUUAUCAUAUUUCACGGAUAUUAUUCUCUUUUACUAUACUCUCGAGUUUAUUGUAGUUUUACAAAUAAUGUCUACUAUUGACAGCUUAUAUUGCCUAUGCCAAACUAAUAUGGUUGUAAUUACCAAAAUGAAUAUCUUUGUUAAGUUAUAUUAAUUUCUUUCAUAUUUGGCUCUUUUAAGCUGGAGAUAAUUGUGUCGAGGAUUAAUAAAGAAGUGAGGUACUAAGUUAUAGUUUAAUUAAAAUUCAAAGUAACUUAUUUGGAUGAAGAUUGCCAACUGUACUUUUAUUUUAGCUAAGUAAUCAUUUAAACAAUGUAUUUUAUACCAUUUAAAGAGGUAUUUAUUUUAAAACUUAAUUAUUUAGCAUAAAUUUAUUGUUAGCAAUAUUAAACUCUAUUAUUUUUUAACUAUUUGAAAAUUAAUGAUUUUGUGCAACCAUAAGUGUUAUUAUGACAUUUUUCUCAUGCAAAUUUUUGUUUACUUUUUAAAUAAUACAAUAAUGUGUGAUCAUCAGUAAAACUUUAUAAAAGAAUAAAAAAAUACAUAUAUCAUUUUUUUAUUUGAUGAAAUAGAAGUAGAUUAAGAGAAAAGUUAUUUUCUUCAUUCAUGCUUGUGUUUAAAUUAAGGGGGGGAUUUCAAGCUGUAUUAAUAAUUUUAACUUAGGGGUAAAAAUAAUUUAAUAGAUAUUAAAUUAUAUUAUAUUUUUCAUCAAACUACACACAAAAAAUAGACAAAAUGCUAUAAAUUCCAAAAUGUUUGUACAUGUUUAAGUGUACUAAAAAAAUCAGUCACAAGUUUUUAUCCUCUUUGUUGUAAGAAUUUUUAUUUUCUUGUAACCAGUACUAAGAUGAGUUCUUCACUAUGCAUUUAGUUCAGCAUUUCUUGUCUUCUUUUAUGCAUUUUUGCACUCUUUUGUAGUAUACUUUAUGUUCUAUUCUAUGAGUAUGUAUUUUACCUCUAGUUGCACUGGUAAAAGAAGGUUGUUAAUUGUUAUAUCUUUGUGUAUUUGUGCAGUAUGAAUAAAAUAUUGUUGAUAACUCAUCUAAAAGUUUCUGGUACUUUAUUGAAUUAUGGAGUUCAGCUUAGUCUGGCAUAAACACAAUCCUGCACCCAAAAUGAACAUUUUCUGUAAUUGUUAUGAAGUACACUAAUUGAUUAUACUUGAUAUUUAGUUGAAUAUAUUAAUUAUUGAAUGAGCCUUUAUCUCCUGUGUUUGACAAUGAAAAAUCACAUGUACUGCUAGAUCUUGAGAAAGUGAACAGUAAAAGCUAAAGAUUAAUUUGUACUAAAAAAUGGAAAUUGUUAGAACUUAGUAUUGUUUUGUUACAUAUUUAUUCAUAUUAUUUAUAUAUUUGUUGUUAUUAUAAUUAAUUGUUUGUGAUGUAUUGUUUAGAUGUGUUGUAUUAAUAAACGUUGAAGUUCAUUGUUAGCUAUACAGUAUACUGUAAUACUAGUGUUAUUUGGUUGGUAGUUAUAUACAAAGUAAAAAUGUUCUCUUAAGUAAAUUUAAAACUUUAAAUAUUUUUUUUCUUUUGUUGCCAAUAUAUUAAAAUAGAGAUAUUGGAAAUCAUCACUGCAACUUCAAAUGUACUGCCUUUUUAUGGGAUCAAUAAGAAAUCAUUGUUAUUCAAUAAAUUAUACUGUAAACCAUAUGGAGAUUCAUGUUUCAUUCUAUAACAUUUUUUAUUUCAGCACAGUAUAACAAAAACUGCAUAAAAUAUUUAUACAGAUCUAUUUACAAAUAAAAGUAGUUCAAUUUA